AAUAAGCUUAUUGCAAUUGACAGCGUCUGCAGUUCAUUUCAAGAUGGCCGCUUGGCUCACAUUCAUUUUCUGCUGAACGACUUUUAACUUUCAUUGUCUUUUUUGGCCGCUCCGAUCAUCACCAACCGGCUCCGUUUUCCGGAGCCGCUCCUCGCCACGCCAAAAUGCACCGAACAACCAGAAUCAAAAUAACCGAGCUAAACCCCCAUCUCAUGUGCGUGCUCUGCGGCGGGUACUUCAUUGAUGCAACAACCAUCAUAGAGUGUCUCCACUCCUUUUGUAAGACCUGUAUCGUGCGUUACUUGGAGACCAGCAAGUAUUGUCCUAUCUGUGAUGUCCAAGUUCACAAAACUCGACCGCUUUUGAAUAUAAGGUCAGAUAAAACUCUCCAGGAUAUUGUAUACAAGCUAGUACCAGGCCUUUUCAAAAAUGAAAUGAAAAGAAGAAGGGAUUUUUAUGCUGCUCAUCCGUCGGCUGAUGCUGCCAAUGGCUCUAAUGAAGACAGGGGAGAAGUGGCUGAUGAAGACAAAAGAAUUAUAACAGACGACGAGAUAAUAAGCUUAUCCAUUGAAUUCUUUGACCAGAAUAGACUUGAGCGAAAAGGAAAUAAGGAGAAAGAAAAAUCAAAGGAAGAGGUGAAUGACAAAAGAUACUUGCGCUGCCCAGCAGCAAUGACAGUGAUGCAUCUAAGAAAGUUCCUGCGGAGUAAGAUGGAUAUACCUAACACUUUCCAGAUCGAUGUGAUGUAUGAAGAGGAGCCUCUGAAGGACUACUACACCCUAAUGGAUAUUGCCUACAUCUACACCUGGAGGCGGAAUGGGCCUCUGCCCUUGAAAUACCGCGUCCGACCUACUUGCAAGAGGAUGAAGAUCAGUCACCAGAGGGAAGGCUUGAAUAAUAGUGGGGAGCUGGAAAGUGACUCUGGGAGCGACAAGGCAAGCAGCCCAGCAGGAGGCAUCCCCUCCACCUCCUCCUGUUUGCCCAGCCCCAGCACGCCAGUCCAGUCUCCUCACCCCCAGUUCCCCCACAUCUCCAGCACCAUGAAUGGCACCAGCAGCAGCCCCAGCAGUAACCACCAGUCCUCCUUUACCAACAGAGCUCGGAAAACAUCAAUAAAUGGCUCCUCAGCCACUUCAUCUGGUUGAUGUGCCAACCAGGCUACCACCCUCGCCCCUCCUUUAUAUAGAUCUCUCCAUGCCAUUACAGCUUUAUAGAUGCUAAUCCAUGUGACUAUCAUCCAAAUUGCUUUCUUUUGUAGUAACACUGAACUUGGCUAUAAAAGGCGGACUAGGUGACAUUCAGGAUGGACGUUAUUGGAAACGCAAGAUUGAAAUGUAAAUUUUUCAGAGGACUGGGAAACAAACGAAAGUUACACCUUCACCUGUUCUGAAUGAUGUGGAGUUGUUUCUGUCCCCAUCAUCUGGAGCCAGGAGUCUCCAGAAGUCAAUACAAAUCCUGGGAAGUAGUUUGUUAAUCCAGACUAACUCCUCCAUUGCGUUCUCUUCGAUUGUUAUUGUUCUUAUACUGUUUUGUGAACCUGUAGAAAGCAAGUGCUUUUUCAUCUUGAAAUCCAACAAAAUUGAAAGAAUAUGCAUAGAAAAAUGCAUAUAUGUAGCCAUGUCACUGUGAAUAA